AGGGCGUGGCAGGCUUUGCCCUGGAUUAUGAGUCUUCUGCUCGGCGGGCUUUUGCUCAAUGUGGUUUAUCUGCUGUUUUUUUUCGGUGGUCUUCUGGGAUACUGGGUUGAUACUGGUCGCCUUCAUGGCGGGCUGCUGAGAGACUGGAUCAACACUGGCCGCCUUUAUGGCGGGCUUUUUAUCCGCUGGUUUUUUCUCAACGGGGUUUUGUUGCGGCUGUUGUGCGGCAGGUUUGGCGACGACCUUCUGCUCGACACUCUUUGGCUGCGGCUUAUCCAAAACCGGAUUUGCAAUGUGUACCUUUUCGGGCUGCGCGGUUUGGCUUGUAGUCUUGACGGUCACCGUCGGUUGUGGUGGGACAGCAGGGUGUACUUCCUCGCGAGCACCGUUCUUGUUUUGGUUUGCCUCGAACGCAGCUGCAAUCAGCGAGCCAAUGUCAAUCAGCUCUGGCAUGUGGAUGUUAUCGUCGGCACGCGACAGCCAGACUCCGGACAUGGCGCCAUCGUUGGCUGGUGAUCCGAGUGCAGUGGCGCACAGGGUGAGCAGGGCGAGUGAGCAAGUUAAUUUCAUUAUUUUAUAUAGAAAAUGUUGUAUGUGUUUGUUUUAUAUUUAAAAUUAUUAUACAAAAAAG